AGCAAACCCACAAAAAAACCACAAAAAAUAGUCCGCGCGUUCAAAAACAAUUCCUUCAGUGCGUGCAGUACGCCGGCAAGUGGAAACAAAAUAGUGCUUAAUUUCACGUUGCGCGUGUCGUUUGAGGAAGUUGUCCUAAUCAUGACUUCCAUCAUUAAGAUGCAUGCCAUAUCGGGCGCUAUGGACGAAUCGCCACCGUGCUACAUCCUGCAGGUGGACGAUGUACGAAUCUUGCUUGAUUGUGGCUGGGACGAAAAAUUCGAUCAGGGAUUUAUUAAGGAAAUCAAAAAAUAUGUACACACCAUCGAUGCAGUGUUGCUGUCCUAUCCGGACGGUAGUCAUCUCGGUGCACUGCCGUACCUGGUCGGAAAGCUUGGUUUGAACUGUCCGAUCUAUGCAACAAUACCGGUCUACAAGAUGGGGCAAAUGUUCAUGUACGACAUGUUUAUGUCCCACUACAAUAUGCACGAUUUCGACCUGUUCUCGUUAGACGAUGUGGACGCAGCGUUCGACAAAAUUGUGCAACUAAAGUACAACCAAAGUGUAGCGAUGAAGGGCAAGGGGUACGGCAUCACAAUCACUCCCCUGCCGGCGGGACAUCUGAUCGGUGGCACAAUUUGGAAGAUUGUGAAAGUAGGCGAAGAGGACAUAGUGUAUGCGACCGAUUUUAAUCACAAAAAGGAACGCCAUCUGAAUGGUUGCGAGUUGGAAAAGCUUCAACGUCCCUCGCUGCUCAUCACGGACGCAUACAACGCCCGGUACCAGCAAGCACGGCGACGUGCGAGAGAUGAAAAGUUUAUGACCAACAUACUGCAAACGCUUCGGAACAAUGGUAACGUUCUCGUGACGGUUGAUACGGCCGGUCGUGUACUGGAGCUGGCCCACAUGCUCGACCAGCUGUGGAAGAAUAAGGAGUCGGGCCUGAUGGCUUACUCGCUAGCGCUGCUGAAUAACGUAAGCUACAAUGUGGUAGAAUUCGCCAAAAGCCAAAUCGAAUGGAUGAGCGACAAGCUAAUGAAAAGUUUCGAAGGAGCGCGAAACAAUCCGUUCACUUUCAAGCACUUGCGGCUAUGCCACACGAUGGCCGAUUUGGCGAAAGUACCCAGCCCGAAGGUGGUUCUUGCCAGCUCGCCCGAUAUGGAGAGUGGCUUUUCGCGCGAACUCUUCAUACAGUGGGCACCAAAUGCGAGCAACAGCAUCAUCAUUACCAGUCGCUCAUCUCCAGGUACGCUGGCCCGCGAUCUUAUUGAUAAUGGUGGCAAUGGGCGCAAGAUCGACAUGGACGUACGGCGCCGGGUAGAGCUGGAAGGUGCCGAGCUGGAGGAGUACAUGCGAACGGAAGGUGAAAAGCUGAACCGUUCGAUCAAAAAGCGCGAUCUGGACGAAAGCAGUUCCGAUUCGGACGAUGAGCUGGAGAUGAACAUCAUCACCGGUAAGCAUGACAUUGUCGUGCGUCCGGAAGGUCGUUCGCAUACGGGCUUUUUUAAAUCGAGCAAGAAAAAUUACGCCAUGUUUCCGUUCCACGAGGAGAAGAUAAAGUUUGAUGAGUACGGAGAAAUCAUUCAGCCGGACGAUUAUCGCAUGGUUGAUCUGGGCCCGGAAACGAACGGCACCGAAGACAAUAAGGAAAAUGCCGGAAUCAAAACGGAAGACAUCAAGAAGGAAAAGGACGAAGAAGUGACGGUUCUGGACAAACCGACCAAGUGCGUUCAAGCACGCAAACCGAUCGAGGUGAACGCUCAGGUACAGUUUAUCGACUUCGAAGGACGUUCCGAUGGUGAAUCGUUGCUGAAAAUUCUCUCCCAGCUACGUCCCCGGCGGGUUGUGGUGGUGCGUGGAUCGUCAGCAAACACGACACACAUUGCGGAACAUUGCCAGCAAAAUAUUGGCGCCCGCGUAUUCACCCCGAACCGUGGUGAGAUUAUCGAUGCCACAACGGAAACGCACAUCUAUCAGGUGCGCCUGACGGAAGCGCUCGUAUCGCAGCUAGAGUUCCAGAAAGGGAAAGAUGCCGAAGUUGCCUGGGUAGAUGCACAGAUCGUUAUUCGCAACAAGCGAAUAAAUACGGUCACGGAGAAAGAUGCUACCGGUGCGCCGGUUAACGGUGGCACACUUUCGGCCAAUCCGCCCAGUUCGGGUGCGAGCGCAAACACAGGUGGUGGCGCCGGCGAAAACCACCAGAUGGAUGUGGACGAUGUCGACACGAUAGACGAUAAGAUCGAUAAGCAGAUACUGACGCUAGAACCACUGUCGCAGGACGAUCUACCGCCACACAAUCCCGUGUUUAUAAACGAGCUCAAGCUGAUCGAUUUCAAACAGAUCCUCAUGAAGAGCAAUAUUGCUUCGGAAUUUUCCGGCGGUGUGCUGUGGUGCAGCAAUGGUACGAUCGCGCUCCGUCGAGUCGACACCGGACGGGUUACGAUCGAGGGCUGCAUUUCGGAAGACUAUUACAAGAUCAGAGAGCUGUUAUAUGAACAGUACGCUAUUAUUUAAGGUCAGU